GAUAAUGGUGGUUGUAAAUCAUCAUCAAAACAUAAGGGCUAACAACUCGAAGAAUGAAUUUCAUGAUUUUCAUUCUUCAGAAGAUGAGAGUGAUGACCUUGAUGAAGUUGAUGAAGUGGAGGAAGAUGAUUUAUUUGAUCAAAAUGCUGAAAAUCCUAUGUUGGUAGUCGGUGCCAUAUUUAGGGAUGCAGAUGAUGUAAUAGCGGAUUAUAUCCCAUAGCCUUUGCUCUUGUUGAAGGAGAGAAGGAGAGUACUUGGCUUUGAUUUCUUCAACAUUUACGACAAGCACUAGAGAUGGAGAUGGAUCACAUUACCGUUAUUAGUGAUCAAGAGAAAGGCUUGCAAGAAGUAGUUUUAGAAAUCUUUCCUCAUGCUGAACACAGGGUAUGUAUGAGGCACCUAUGGAAAAAUUUGAAAAAGAAGUAUUCAGGAGAAGUAUUUGCGUGAUUUAUUUGGGAUGCAGCACGAUCAUAUAAAAUGAUCGAACACGAAAAGGUGAUGACUAAAUUGAGAGCUAUAUCUCUUGGAUGUGCACUAGAUUUGGAUGUUACUUUCACCAACGAGGGAUAUAAAUUGAGUAGAUGCAUGUUCUCGGCAGCUCCAAGAAAUCAUUUUAUUGUGAACAAUGUAAGUGAAAGUUUCAAUGCUUGGAUACUAGAAGCAAGAUCUCUUCCUGCAAUUGAUUUGGUGGACAAAAAUUAGAAUAAAGCUAAUGGCAAGAAUGAACAAAAGAAGAAGACUUGCAUCUAAAUGGAAGGGAAUGUUAGUACCGAUGGCUGAAAGGUACGUGAGGGAGAUUAGCAAGAACCUUGGUGGGUGGCUUGUGAGAUGGUCUAAUGACAAAAUUGCAGUAGUGGAGCUUAUGGAGAAGAGGGAAGUGUUAAAUAUGGAGAAUAGGACUUGCACAUGUAGAAGGGGGCAAUUGAUAGGUUUGCCUUGUAGACAUGCCGCGGAAGUAAUUGGUGAAAUGAGAAAUGCAAGAUGGUCAGAUUAUGUAGACCCUGCUUACUAUAUAAGCAAUUACAAGUUAGCAUAUCAAAAUGUGAUUGCGGCUAUGCCGGCAAAGGAAGAAGGGCAAAAUAUUCCACUUGACUACAAAGUUAGCCCUCCACAUGCUACACGACCUAGGGGCAGACCUAAGAAACAAAGAGUGUCAAAGAGAAGACACCAUUGUAGUAGAUGCGGUGGAAUGGUACAUCAUAAGCAUGCUCCCAUCCUCUCCUUUGAUCUACAUCCCCUACUUUAGUUGUUUUGAAGCAUUACUUGGAACCCCAACUGGGAUCAGCAAUCUCCCCCGACCAAUACCAUCCACAUCGUUAUCCACCUCCAAACAGGUCCCGAUUCGAUUACCAAUCAACUCUAUGGCUUCUUCGUCCAUGCAAUUCGGGGCAAGAUCAUACCAUUGGGUGACCCGCGCGAGCACGGGUUCGGAGGUUUUUUCGUUCUCUCUUUUCGCUUUUUGGUGUUUCCCGACUU